AUGAACUUGUUCCAGCUGAACCAAGAUCAACAAACAUUUGCAAACUUGGUUUCCAAAAUACAACAGCAACAAGAUGAUCGUGAACUACAUUGGUUGGUAUCGCUGGUUAUCUUGCCCGAAUUCCCACAAAUCAUUGAAGCAUUAACUAUAUGUUCAAAUUUGCUAAUGUUCAACUCUCCACAACAACCAGAUCCUAGCAGCAAGAUUCAAAAAGGCCCCCCUAUAAAGUUACCUGUGUCAUCGGGAACCCAAGACAACUUGAAGGGUAUCAUUGUUAGAGAUGGUGCAUUCAUUACCGAAUUUACUGUAGCGGUCAGAGAUCACUAUCUAAACAAGGUAUUCCACAAGUUGAAAUUGAAAAAGCCUGUACUAUUGGAGCAAAUCAUCAAUGCCAAUAGUGCCAUCGAUGCAUCGAUCAUGUUGAUCAACCAACUAUCUGAAUUCACUGACGUGAAAGUGCUCGAUCAUGACGCUACGCAUAAAAAGUUGAUUGACGAAUUUCAGCGCCUACUAUCCAGUAUACAGACAGCAAAGACGAAUUUACAACUUCCAACAGACCCAGGCUUGGUUUUCCCUGAAAAAGUUACCAAUGGCCAAGUUUUCGAACCUGAGCUACCAAACACCAUCCCCAUUGACUUUUAUCUCAACCAAGCAGAGAUUUGCGUCGAUUUGAAAAGUUUGUCACGAGUAAUGGAAAAACCAUGGGGUGAUAUCGAUCCGCACACCGGUCAAUCUUAUGUUGACAAGGUUCGAGAACAAAUGAAACUUCCUCCAUCAUCUGCCAAUAGCAUAAGAGGAUCAACGGGACAGAAACAUCUGUCUUCGGACGUCAGCUCGGUCGUAAGUGGUGCUCCUAGUUUGCAAACAGGUAAGGAAAAUGAGAAAGUCAAUAACUUGCUUCCCGACUACGAUUCGCAUGACAAGCAUGAGACGAGUAGCUUUUUCAACAAUGUGAUGAGUCAUAUACUGUUGAAACCGAAACAUGAUGCACAGGAUUAUAUCACGAGGUGUGUAACGUAUAACAAAAUGGUUGUGAUGAUCAAAUCGAAAAUUGAAGUUUCGUCUGAGGAUCCGGUCUUGGUCAGCUGUUUUACAAAGUUGGAUUCAAUUGAAUACUUGAUAACAAAUUUCUUGCAUAGCUUGAGCAAUUUGGUUGGAUGA